AUGUUGAGACUCUCCACGCAAUUUAGACCAAUCAGAGCAUUUUCGAUUGUAAGACCGCUCUUGAAGAACGUUGAGGCCGGUGCCAGUCACCACAGCGUCCACGAGGAGAACGGUGAGCUGAAAAUCAAAGUCGAGCCAAUAAACAGAGACGGAGAGCCGGUGGAGAAUAAAAGAAGAAGACUGCUUUACCAGUCCAGAAAAAGAGGAAUUCUGGAAUCCGACUUACUUUUGAGCAGAUUCGCAGACAAGUAUCUCGAUAAGAUGACUCCGGAUGAGCUCCACGAAUACGACAAGCUUUUGGACGAGCCAGAUUGGGAUAUAUAUUACUGGGCAACUAAAAAUUACGAGGUCACUCCAUUGCCCGACAAAUGGAAACAGUCCAAGAUCCUGAAGCAAUUGCAAGAACUUAGCGAAAACAAAGAGCACGAGGUGCUCAGAAUGCCAGAUUUGAAGUAA